CGCACGUCUCGGAGCUGCGCCAGUCGCGGGGCUGCGGCCGCGCACGUUGGAGAACUGAGGACCGCGGGCUGCCUGUCUCUGGAGGAACCCGGCCAUGUGGAAGCUGCUCCGGGCCGAGGGCCCGGCCCCAGGAGAACCAUACAGACUUUUGACAGGUGUUGACUAUGUUGUUGGAAGGAAAAACUGUGCCAUUCUAAUUGAAAAUGAUCAGUCAAUCAGUAGAAAUCAUGCCGUGUUAACAGUCAACUUUUCUGCAACCAAUUUGAGUCAAACAGAUGAAAUUCCUAUAUUAACACUAAAAGAUAAUUCAAAGUAUGGUACCUUUGUUAAUGAGGAAAAGUUGCAGAAUGGCAUUUCUCACACUUUGGAGACUGGAGAUAGAGUUACCUUUGGAGUGUUUGAAAGUAAAUUCAGAGUAGAGUACGAGCCUUUGGUUGUGUGCUCUUCUUGCUUAGACAUCUCUGGGAAAGCUGCUUUGAAUCAAGCUUUGUUACAACUUGGAGGACUUGGUGUAAACAACUGGACAGAAGAAUGUACUCAUCUUGUCAUGACAUCAGUUAAAGUUACCAUUAAGACAAUCUGUGCACUCAUUUGUGGACGACCAAUUGUAAAACCAGAAUACUUUUCUGAAUUUCUCAAAGCAGUUCAGUCUAAGAAAGAACCUCCACAGAUUGAAAGAUUUUACCCACCCAUUGAUGAACCAGCUAUUGGAAAUAAAAAUGUUGAUCUGUCGGGACGACAGGAAAGAAAACACAUCUUCAAAGGGAAAACAUUUGUAUUUUUAAGUGCCAAACAGCAUAAGAAGUUAAGUUCAGCUGUUCUUUUUGGAGGUGGAGAAGCUCGAUUGAUAACAGAAGAAGAUGAGGAAGAAGAUAGUUUCUUUUCAGCUCCUGGAACUUGUGUUAUUGAUGUAGGAAUAACAAAUACACAGAUUGUAAUUCCUGACUCUCAGAAAAGCUGGAUUCAUGCAAUAAUGGAUAUGCUCCACAGGCAGGGUCUUAGACCUAUUCCUGAAGCAGAAAUUGGAUUGGCAGUUAUUUUCAUGACUACAGAGAAUUACUGUGAUCCUCGAGGCCAGCCCAGUACAGAAAUAAAGUCAACCCCAGGGUCAAGCCUUUCCCAAGGCUUGUCAGUCAGUGGAAAAAGACCCAGUGCUCCAGUGAAUACUACAACAUACGUAGCAGAGACACAAUCAGAGAAAGCAGAUACAUGGUCUUUGAAUAAUGAAGUAAAAAUCCCUGGAAUGGAGAAGAACCUCAGAACUCUUUCUCAAGAAACAGCCAAUAUAAAGGAACCCUCCAAAGCAAGUUCCAAAAAUAAUAUAUCAAAUACUCUAGUUAAAGCAAAAAUCCCAAAUUUUCAGCUUUCGCCAACCAAAUUCUCAACUGGAAAUAAAAGUAAAGAUUGGGCUUCUCAGCAGCAGAUAAACUCCAUCAGGAACUACUUUCAGCCAUGUGCCAAAAAAAGGGAAAGGGAUGAAGAAAAUGAAGAAAUGUCUUCAUCUAAAUCAUCAAGAAUAGAAAUGUCUUGUUCUCUUUUAGAACAAACCCAGCCUGUUCAAUCCUCACUGUGGAAAAAUAAGGAGGAUCUAUCUCAGAAUAACUCUGUAGACAAAGAAGACAACAACUUAUGUAGAGAUUUUGUAGACUUAAAAUCCAGUGUAGGAAAUUCUGCUGGAAAAUCUCUUCCUAUAGACGAUCUAAAAUCAAAAAAGAGAAAAGAAGUGGAUCCAGCCAUAGAAGAUGAAGUAUUGGAGCAAUUAUUCAAGGAUAUGGAACCCGAGCUAGCCACUAAAAUGAGAGCUGAAAAACAAGAAGUCAGUAUCAGAAAAAAGCCAAGGACGGAUGUGGAAGUACGAGAUCAUUUUAAUGAUGAAACAAUGCCAGAAAGUGACAAAAUAUCUCAAGAAAAUAAAACUGGGAAGAAUUAUGAGCUCAAGAAUGAAUCACUGUGGUCAACAAAAGAAGACAUAUCUAACAGUAACGAACUUCAAGACAAUAGUGAGAUACUUCCAAGAAAGGUGCUACUGACUGAAUUUAGAUCACUGGUGAUUAAUAACGCUACUUCCAGAAAUUCAUGUGGGGUGAAUGAUUAUGGUCAACUAAAGAAUUUCAAGAAAUUUAAAAAGGUUACAUUUCCUGGAGCAGGAAAACUUCCACACAUCAUCGGAGGAUCAGAUCUAGUAGCUCAUCACGCACGGAAGAAUACAGAAUUAGAAGAAUGGUUGAAGCAUGAGAUGGAGGUACAGAAACAACAUGCAAAAGAAGAGUCUAUGGCUGAUGACCUCUUUAGAUAUAAUCCGAAUGUGAAAAGAAGAUAACAGAACUCUUAAAAAAAGAAAACUAUGGAAACACCUUUCUUAGUAAACAUUUACUUUAGGCUUAAUGUGAUACCUGAAUGUACAAUAUAGAAAUUACAAAUACUAUAAGCCUAUAUGUAUUAAAUAAAAUGUACAAGACUCUA